AUGAACAAGUUGGUUUUAAUCUUUUCUUAUUAGUACCAUCUAACAGAUAUAAACUUCAGGACAUUGUACGUAACUAUCCCCUUAGUUUCUCCGCAACUGACCUGAAAAAAUUCGGAAUACCUUCCGAAAUUAUUGCUAUGACACCAGUAAGCGCCCUUUCAUAUCGAUUCAUAUUACCUGAGGAUCAACCGUGUGAACGUUCCGAAGGUUUAUCGACUUGGGGUGCAAAUGAGGCACUUAUUUGUCUUAUUGAACGUGGUGCGAAUUCAAAUCUCAUUGAUGAUCGUUGGGUGGACAAUCAUUACCAAUGGAUUUUGUGGAAAAUUGCUGCCAUGAUUCGGUCUUUUCCACAUAGAUUUAAAAAUUGGUGGUGUCCCGCACUUAAAUUAAUCAUAGAAGGAGAUGGAAAUGCAAGCUGGCCAAUGGUUUUAUGCGUGUCCAAUAUAUUUGAAGAUUCAGAUUCUCAAAUAACAAUUCCACCAGAAUUUUUGUCGCAAAUUAUGACCGACUUGGUUGCUAUUUUGAUCGAAUUAGGGGAAAAAGCAGAUACAUGCCAAAUUAAAUAUGGCCUAGAGUUGACAGAUACUUGGUAUAAAAUUCGAGCUAGCAUUGAUCAGCCACUUCAGCGUGCAAUUAUGAGAACCAAAUUACGGAUUGGAUAUAAAUUGGAAAUAUUUGGAGCCAAAAUUAUAGGGGGGUCAGGUGGAUUACCUGCACUCGACAUAUCGAGCUCUCCUAUUCGCUUAAAUAUUUCAGCGAACUCUACUAAACUUGCUCAUUGGGAUGCAAAAUUAGGAUUUAGGCGAUUUCGCCCGUGCGCGUUAUUGCAUAGUCUUUCACCUGAUGGUGGGUUCAUUCCUGCGAUAGAUGUAGUAGUACAACGAAAAUAUCCUUUACUUUUUCGCGAGGCGAUGAAGGAUGGUACUGGUAUUAUACGUAAUGCAAGGGGUGAAGAACACUAUAUGAAGGAACAUGAGGUGAAAUUUAGUGUAUUAAUUGAGUCAUUGAUAAGUAAAUUCGAAAAAUCAUAUAAUGAUGAUUUUAAAAAAGCAAAUCGAAAACGACUAUCGAAAGAAGAACUUAAGGACAUUACAGCUGGGGAUGAACUUUACGCGCUCAUUCAAAAUAAUGAUGAUAUGUCUGAAUUUUCCCAAGAAUUAAGUUCCUUACAGAUUGAAAGACUUCAUGAAUAUAUCCAACGUAGAAAUGAAGAAAAGUCGAUGAAGAUGAGUCAAUGGAUUUCGGAACAAUCUGUGUAUCUCGAUAAUAAACGCACAGUUACAACUUUUUUUAAGGUUCGCGUGAGCGAUUAUCAUCCAUAUUCAACACCUGUUCGUGGACGUGAUGCCAUAAUAACCAUUUGGAAUCCUGACGAGUUUUUAGUUGACUAUUUGCAAGAAGGACGGCGGUACAAGGUAUACGCAUUAUCAGUGGCAAAAAAUCAAGGACAUCCAUUACCUGAAUUGUUGCCAAUACGAUUAACAUCAAUUGGAGGGUCAACUAUUUGGAAAGAAACUCCGAUAGAAUCGAAUGUUAUUACAUCAUAUAUACCACGAACAAUUACGCCCUGCAGUGAACUUGAUAGAAUGAAGUACAAUGAUGAAGUCGACAUAGUUGUAAUACUUUUGGGCGAACCUUAUUUUAGUGAUAAAUUUGGAAAACGAAUCCAAUUUCAAAACAUUUUAGCACUUGACAGUAGUGAACAAAUUGUGCAAAUAGAAGUUAAAGAUUCAAUAUCAGUUAAUAUGGGCAAAAUAUUAAAGUCCAAGAAUAUUCUCGCUUUCAGCAACUUGCGAUAUCGUGACUAUGAUCCAAAACAUGCUGUGUACAUUUUAUCAUCAUGUGAUGAAACCGAAAUCAAGAUAUUGCCACGUGAGACAUAUUUAAGACAGGCUAAGGACGAUUUAGAAAAUUGGGCUAAAAAUAAUACUUCGAUUAUUUUUAAAUACGAAGAAAUUGCAAUAGAACUUU